AAAUAGUUUAUGAAAUUAGCCGGCAAAGGUUUAAGCGUCUACUACCGCGGGGUUUUAAGAAAGAAACCCAGGACAGUCCCCUUUCCACCGUUGGGCUUUCUGUUCUUUGUAUCUCUCUCUCUACACGGUGAGUCUCUGCCGGCAUAGUAGAAUCUCCUUCUCUCUCUCUCUCUCUCUCUCUCUCUCUCUCUCUCUCUCUUCUCCGGUCUCCUCCUUCAGUGCCGCCGCUGGAAUACUCCUUGAAGCGCCGUCGCAGCUGUGCUCCUUCCUACGCCGCCGUUAAACCAAGACUUUACGGGGCAGGGUUGUUUGAUAGUUUUUCCUUCUUCGUCUUCUAAAAUGGGGAAGAAAUCUAAGAGUAAACGAGAAUUGAAGAGACCAAAAAAGAUUGAGAAGAGCUGUGCAAUUGAGCACGGUACAAAAUAUGACCAUGCUCCUGAAGAGAAUAUCGUCCAUUGCCCCUCACCUAGUUCCUCAGGGGAUCCGGAAUUUGGACUGGAACGGGAACCUUAUGAGGGAGAAUCGGCUUAUAAUAAGCUGUUAAUGAUGUUGGGUUCAUCUAACAAAUCUGUUGCUGAUGCAUGUAAGAAGAGACAAAGACAGGAAGAAGGUAAAAGCGACUCGGAAGAAGAUGAAGAUAAUGGAGAUGUAUCUUCUAGUAUGUCAGAGGAAGUGGAUGAAGUUGAAGAAGUGCAAGAGCAUGACAUGGCUGACAUCGAGGAUAUGCAUGAAGGAGCUGAAACUGAACAGGAUAAAGAGACCUCUGACUUGGAUGAGGAGCAUGACUCUGGAACCGAUGAUGAAGCUACUGCUGAGGCAUCAGUGGAUGGGAGUUCCUUUCAUAUGCACUUGGAGCACGGUAUAUCAGAAAUAGAAGCUGAUAAUCUAUCUAAAAAGAAGUGGAAAUAUAAAUGGGAGCUUCCUGCUAUUGGGAUGCCAAAUUGCAAGUGGAAAGGAACAGGAGAGUGCUUCAUGAAGGAUGUCAACAGCAAUGCUGAAUAUGAUCUGAAGUCUAAGUUGUAUAAGCAUUGGAUGGAUACAUAUAAGAAAUCUGGAGGCUCCGACUUUCAUUCAUCUAAACAAAGAUUGUUCUUCACCCUUUGCAACAGUUAUCGGGAUAUAUUGCAUUUCAACAAGAAACCCUUUUAUCUUAAAGGCUUGGGAGAAGAUUCAAGUAUCAUGGAUGCAUACAUUAUGCAUUCUCUCAAUCAUGUCUUCAAAACUGCGGAUCUUGUGAAAAAGAAUGAUGCAAAAUUGACCAAGUAUGAGGAGAAAGCUAAGGAGGAAAUAAUUACAAGUGAUAGUUUCCUUGAUCAUGGGUUUACACGUCCUAAGAUUUUAAUCCUAUUGCCAUUUGCUAGUAUUGCACUUCGUCUUGUUAAGAGACUUGUACAACUGACCCCUUCAGGUCACAAGGUGAAUGUGGAGCAUAUGGAUCGAUUUUCUACAGAAUUUGGAACUGAAGAGAUUGAAAAUGGUGAUAGGGACGAAAACAACUCGUCCAAAGAUGGCCAGGAUUUUGGAAAAUUGAAACCUCACAAAUCUUCUAAACCUGCAGACUUUGAAGCACUUUUUGGUGGGAAUAAUAAUGAUGAUUUUAUGUUUGGUAUCAAAUUCACUAGGCGGAGCAUAAAGCUUUACAGUGAUUUUUAUUCCUCAGACAUCAUAGUUGCUUCAGCUGUUGGUUUGCUUUCUAAAAUUGGGGCUGCUGAUAAAAAUAAGGAAAAAGAUGUUGAUUAUCUUUCCUCUAUAGAGGUUCUUAUCAUUGAUUAUGCAGAUGUAAUAGCAAUGCAGAACUGGGACUUUCUGAAAGCAGUUGUUGAACGACUGAACCAUGUACCAUCUAAGCAGCAUGGAACUGAUAUUAUGCGCAUAAGACAGUGGUACCUGAAUGGAUAUGCCAGAUUUUACAGGCAAUCAAUAAUUUUGGGAUCAUACCUAAAUCCAGAUAUGAAUUCAUUGUUCAAGCUUCAUUGCCUUAAUUACCAAGGAAAGGUGAAGUUGGAGUGUGAGUAUAAAGGUGUUCUCCCCAAGGUGUUACUUCAGGUGCAGCAGGUUUAUGUGCGAUUUGAUGCAGAUUCAAUAGAAAAUAUUGACAAUGCUCGUCUUGAAUACUUUACGAAGAAGGUUUUCCCCAAGAUUAAAACUUCUAUCCAGGGUGGGGUUAUGAUUUUUGUCAGUUCUUACUUUGAAUUUGUUCGACUUCGGGGAUUUUUGAAGUCCCAGGAAGCAUCCUUCUGUCUGCUUCCAGAGUAUGCAAAACCAAGUGAUAUUUCUCGUGCGCGGGUCUGGUUCUUUGAAGGGAAACGGAAGAUCAUGCUUUACACAGAAAGAAUGCAUUUUUACCACAGAUAUAAGAUUCGUGGUAUUCGAAAUUUAAUCUUCUAUUCACUUCCAGAGAGAAAGGACUUUUACCUUGAGAUGGUUCAUAUGCUUGAGGGGUCCAAUGACAUGACAAGCACCGCACUCUUUUCUUGCUUCGAUCUACCCAGGCUCGAGAGAAUUGUUGGAACAGCAAAUGCAAAGAGAAUGGUGAAAUCGGACAAAGAAGCAUUUGUUUUUUGUUGAGGACUAUGAUUCUCAGCUAAGCUGACUAUAUGCAAAAAUGGCUGAUACUUCUGAAACUGCAGUGACAAGCCAGUGAAUAGUGAGCAGCUUCUUUUAUUAUUAUUAUUAUUAUUAUUAUUAUUAUAUGUUAUUUAACCAAAACAAUUUUGCCGAGUAAAAAGUAUAUUAGUUUUACUGUAGAAUGUCAUUGACUGGGGGUAUAAAUAUAUUGGCUUUUAUUAUUUUUA